CCUCAGUCACAGUACGUACGUACGUGUCAAACACGCGUAGACUAAAAAAACCCAUGUACACGUACAUAUGUAUGUCCACGUACACAUUGUACACACACACGCGCGUACGUGUCUCUCUGCCUUCAGUCGGUCUUUCUCUCGCUCGGUCGGUCAAUCAGUCAAUUGGUUGAUUGAUUCACUGCUUGGGAGUGAGCGACUGAGCGAGCGACUGUGUGGCUGCCGACAGACAGACAGCCAUCGAGCCAUCGAGCCAUUGAUUGAUCGGCCGGUCAUGUCGACAGAGCAGCAGGAGGGCGGUGCAGCUGAGCGUGUGCCUUUGCUGGGUGGUCUGCUGGGCGGCGGCCUGACGUCGACGUUCGAGUGGUUCCCGCGGUCCAAGGGCAUGGCCGGGUGGGAUGUGCGAGAGAGUUGUGUGCUGAUCGGGCUGCUGCAGCUGGUGGUGGCCUUCAUCCUGCACGAGACCAUCGAGUACUUCAGGCCUGGCCUGCCCGGCGUCAAACUCUUUCUGCUCGCCUACUUCAUUGCCGUCGGGACCUUCUUGUACGUACUCACACACAGCUGCAGACACACACAGAGAGAGAGGGAGACAUGGAUGGAUGUCUGCUGGGCCUCCCACUGCGAACAAAUCAGUCGCCCUCUUUGUGUAUUUGGGUGUGUGUGUGUGUGUCUGAUGUGGUCACCAUGGGUAUGUCGAUAUGAUCGUCAUAUUCCAGCAGGUCGUUGGUGAGAGUCUUGACGCACACCAGCAGACCAUCAGGACGGAGGCCCACACUUGAAGCACAUGACGACGACGACGACGACGACGACGACGACGCAUCUUGCCCAACGAGCGGCAGUGAAUCUGACACACAACAUGCAGCGCGCAACAUCUCCCCCAUGCCCCUGCCCGGCUUUGCCCACCCACCACAGCACUCCGGAAACAUGUCGAUGAGCCAGCCGAUGAAGAAGGAAGGCUUUCUUGCUGAGAUCAUGCUGCCCAGACAAUACCACUUCUGAGCGACGACCGAUGGCGCAUCACCAGCCAGCUUGCACAGGACGUGACGCGGGCCAGACGGCCUGCAGAAGGGUAAACACACACUCCUGAAGGGUGCAGCUUCGCCCUCUCCCCCUUCUCUUUCUCUCUGCGUACGUGUGGUACGUGUCGGAGUGCCCUUUCUUCUUGGGCGGACGACCGACUACAGGGAUGAGGACGGGCAGCAACGAGCGGCGCGACGCACACGUGCCCAGAAUGCGAAACAGCACGGGCUGAUCAACACAAACACAACGCCAAUCACACCUAUGCGCUUACACCGUCUUGCUGCGUAUUGAUCCGUGUGGUGAGGCUCACCAUGAGGUGCUGUUUGAUCCGCUCGAGUGUGUGUGGCCGCCCCUCUACCAUGAGCAGCCUGUGGGACCUGCCCGACACUCUGCGAACCCAUAACCGCCCCUCAUGGGACUCAGACGGACUCAGACAACGACGCAGAUCAUCUGAGAGAGUGACGGCAGAGAAUUGACAGCACGAGGGAUUUGUUGCAUGGUGUGAUCUGGCUGUGUACUCAUUGCGCCUACCGAACAUGGAUGUGUGUGUGAGGAGGUCCAGUGCUGCAGCCUCGCUCAACACAACCAGGGGUAACGACCGGUGGUCCGAGCCGCUCAUCGACGGGGGGAAAGAGGGAGAGGGUCUUGGA